AGAUCUAAAUUACAGUUACAAGUUGCGACUUUCUCAAAGCCGAGUUGAAAAAAAAUUAGCCGAAUUAUAUCUGUAGGUGCAAUAUUUCAACGCUUUCUUACUCAAGUUAAGCAUUAGUCUGUAAAAAAAUUCAUUAAUUGCAUUAUAGUUUCGGGUAUUCGCGAUUCAAAAAGUGUGGAUCACUAAAUUUUUAAAUAAAGCCAAUAUCUUGCAGAAGUAAACAAAACAAGACAUGGAAGAUAUAGCAAAUGAAACAAACGAAACUGAAAGGCCAAGAAACAAAUGGAAUACGGAAACCAUCAAAUGCAUUCUGGAAAUAUGGAAGGAAUAUUUAUACAAAAUGGUACUCGAGGGAAAGUCCGACCAGAUAUUUGAACAGAUGUCUACCGAAAUGGAAAAUUUUGGUUACAAUUUUAGUCCAAGGGAGAUUAGCGCUAAGCUAAGCCAAUUAACAAAUGCAUACAGGAUUGAGAGAAGGAAAAUUAAAAAUGGUCCAUUUGUUAAGAGUGAUUGGCCAUUUUACAAAGCUUUAGAUUUCUUGGUAGGCAAUAGCAGAGUGCACCAAUGGGAUGACUUGAUGGAAGAUAUUGAAGAUCUAGAGGAUGAAGAAUCGUCUGAAAGUGAUGGUGCUGCACAAAUGGAAGAUGGUGUCAUCGAUCUUGAAAGUGAAGAAGGUUCUGUAAUGGUGUCAACAUCUAAUAAGAUGUUUAAGAAUCCUUCCUUGGAAAUGCAAGUUUCUUCGGAAGAGAGUGAAAACGAAACUUCACCAAAGCCAAAUCCAUGUGUACCCAAUCUACAAGCUAGUAUGUCAGCACUGCAGAAAUCAGUAAACAAUCUGCAAAAUAACAAAGUAAAGAUACAAAACUUGACUGCCGCAAAGUUGGAACUCAUUGAAUUACAAAAGGAAAGUGUUAAAAAGGAAAUGGAAUAUCGAAGGGCCGAAUUCCAGCAAAGAACCGAGGAGUUUCAGCUUCGUAUGAAGCAGAUGAAGGAAGAACAUGAUUGGCGCAUGACAGAUAUACGCUCUAGGAUGGAAAAGGAAUAUUUAUAGACUUAGACUAGAAAUUAAUUAAAUUUUAAGUAAAUUUUUUAAAACUUUUUGUGAUUUGUUAGUUUUGUACCUAUGUUAUCGGAAUUAUAUAAGCAAUAUUUUUAUAUUCAAACAAUUUUUAAUGAAAAUUGGAUUUAAAUUUUUAAUAUUGAUUUAAAAAAAUAUGUGAUUCCAAAACAACUCACUAUUUAAUUUUUUAUAUGCUUGAGGUUAGUUUUUUCCAAAAAAUGUUUAGUCCGAUUAAAAGAAAAAUUAUAUUUCUCUCCAGUAUUUGGAAUUAAAAAUUUAAAAAUUGUAUUUAAUUAAGAUUUUCGGGAUAAACAAAUCAAAUUUUAAUACAAUUAUUUUUUACCGCAUUAUUUGCAACCCGGAUGGAAAUACAGCUGUUUAAGACGUAUAUAUAUUUUUUGACUUUGGAAUUUUUUGUAAAACAAAAUUACUGCAAUAAGUCUUUAAAUUAUAAGUUUUAUGUUUUAAACAUCUAUUUUAGCUUUUAUUUCUGUUUUUAAUUCGUUUAUAACCAAGGCUAUGUAAAACAGUUAGAAAAUAUGUAUUAAAUUGAUGCAAGUGCUUAAAACUUACUU